AUGGCAAAUCGACCUCCAUCACUUGAUCCCAAUGUAUUUUCCAUUGAGGAUCUAGAGGCGCUCGGCGCCAACAGGCUGCCAAAAAUGUAUCGCGAAUAUUACAAUGAAGGUGCCAUGGACAUGAUAUCACUGCGGGACAACGUCGCAGCUUAUGACCGGUAUCGAAUCCUGCCGCGUGCUUUGCGUAAUGUCCAACAUGUCGAUACUUCUACGACAUUAUUCGGAUGCAAGGUCACAUUCCCGCUGGGCAUCAGUCCGUCGGCGAUGCACAAGCUAGCACAUCCAGAUGGAGAAUUAGCAACGUCACGAGCCGCUGCAAGCAUGAACAUAAGCAUGUGUCUUUCGUCCUAUGCAACCACGGCCCUAGAAGAUGUCGCCUACGAAGGGCGCGGGAACCCGUACAUGAUGCAGAUGUGCGUCGUCAAGGACCGGAGCAGAACCAAGCAGCUUCUAGAAAGAGCCGAAGGGGCUGGCUACAAGGCCUUAUUCGUCUCAGUUGAUGUGCCCGUCCUCGGACGCCGUCUUAACGAGUUCCGCAACGAUUUCACACUUCCCAAAGACUUGAGCUUUCCCAACAUUCUAUCCACCGGCCAAAACGAGUUCUCAAAGGGGCCAAGCUCGCAGGAUUAUGACUCCAGUUUGGAAUGGGCUGAAAUCAUCCCCUGGCUCAGAAACAACACAAAAAUGCAAAUUUGGUUAAAAGGCAUCCUCAACCCGGCGGACGUCCAACUUGCCAUUGACCACGGAGUGGACGGUGUGAUAAUCUCCAAUCACGGUGGCCGUCAGCUCGACGGAGUCCCUGCGACGCUCGAUUGCCUGAGAGAGUGCGCACUGGUGGGCAGGGGCCGGAUCCAGAUCGCAGUGGACGGAGGAAUACGCCGUGGUUCGGAUAUCUUCAAGGCCAUCGCACUUGGGGCUCAGCACUGUUUUAUCGGGCGGAUACCGAUCUGGGGCCUUGCCUACAAUGGACAGCAGGGAGUCGAACUGGGCUUGAAGCUCCUCUUGGAGGAGUUCCGAACCACAAUGGCACUUGCAGGGUGCCGCACAAUCAGCGAGAUCACGCCAGAACACCUUACUUUCCUUGGACCUGGGGGACGACUCCACAAGUUGUAG